CUGCGCCAUCAGGUGGUCGGUAUCCCUAUGGGCACUAACGUUGGACCAGAAAUUGCCAACCUCACGCUUUAUUGGGACGAAGCACAGUUCAUCGGUGAUCUUCGUCAGCGAGAUCUGCGUGCUGCGCAAGCAUAUGCAUUCACGUAUCGAUUCAUUGAUGACAUUCUAUCUUGGAAGACAUUACCGCCGUCUCCUGCUCGGUAUGGUCUCGAGUGGAAAGACACUACUGAGCAAGAUGGGUCAUGUCUUUUCCUUGGGGCAAGAAUCUUGGUUCGGCCAGAUGGCUCACUUCGCAUUGGCGUAUUUGAUAAGGCCGAGAACUGGACGUUCCCUGUCAUACGUUAUCCCAGUGCUUCCUCCAAUGCUCCGGCACAUCAGCCUGCAGGUGUGCUCACGGGACAACUAACGAGAUUCGAACAUUUAUGUAACAAUACUACCGACUUCAAAGCGGCAGUGACUUCCCUGACACGACACGUUGUUCGCUGGAUAGAAGAAGAGCACCGUGCCGUCUGCCCAGACGAUGACAGCGCUGCGCCUGGGGUGAACAUAGAAGUCCUGGCUAUGGCAUUUAUGGGUAGGCGACUGCAAUUCCAGCCUGCUCCGCAAAACCACGAGCCAGGCACGGAUCCGAAUAUUCGGGCAUAUGUCUUAUAUCGUCCAGGUCACUUCAGUGCUCUUACCUUUGCAGAUAGUUCAUGGACCCUAUGGGACAAUGGCGCCUUCCAUACUAAUGACAUGUCAGCAACAUGCCAUGUGUCGUCAAUGCUUCCAGGAAGCUGUUAUAGAAAGCUGAGGGCACAGCUGCAGCAGGGGCUAGUGGCCACUCCAGAUCGUCCACCGGAGGUCCGAAUGGUUGAGAAGAUUGUGGAGAGGGAUGUCAGUGAUGAGAAACUGACGCAGAUCAAGGAGCAGAUGCGGAAGGAGUUGGAGCAGUCCAUGCAGAAAAGUGUCAGUGAUGAGGCGUUGAAGUCAAUGAAGGAAGAAUUAGAGCAAAAGGUACCUCAAAGGCGAAGCUGGAGCGAUGGCGCUGCAGACGGGCAAGUGGGCGGGCACCUGAAUAGUGAAGGAAGGUCCCUCGGCGGCAUCCCCAGCGGGUGCCACAAUCGGCCAGGGCCCCAUCCAUUUCGGGAGGAGCUUGCGAGAGAUAUCUUGUUCAAGGCUGAAUUCCGCGGCGGAAACCCAAACGAGAUCGCCGACGCGGAAUGGGCAAGGAAGACGCUGGCGAUUGGCUUGUUGGCUCAUGCGUUGUUGCGUCUUGGCCAUCUAGUCGCGUGCCUUGACAAGCUCUUGCAUCCGUCGCAAGAAAAGAAGAUGGUCGUCGCUCUCGGCCGUUUGUGGAAUGAUUGUGUCCAAUGGCGAAGUGAUCGGCGAGUUGUGCUCGAACUCGAAGGGGUACAUCCCGAUAGUUGGGUGGAUGGACGAGUUGUAGGCCAACUCGACAUCCGACAGCCGCUCAACCCAAUCCUUUUGGUCGGGGCGGAUGAGAGUGCGAAGGAAAACUUGUGUGGUCUGAUGCGCCCUGUCCAUUUGGCCAUCGGUUUGGGGGUGGCAAGCCGAACUUGGCUUGAGAGAUGAGCCCCAUCGUUUGAUGAGCGCCAACCAAAAAUCGGGCAUGAACCGAGUGUCGCGGUCGC